GGGCUGCAGCUCCCCAGCCCAACUGUCAGCGUGCUUGGAGGUACUGGAAAGGUCUUGGCAGGGUGGCUGGACCCUUGACAGACUCAAAUCCAGGCCAACUGUAUGGUUGUCUGAGGUGUUGGAACAGAAGGAGGUGCAUUCCUGUUGGCGACAGCACUGUGGCCCUGUUCUGGAAUGAGCCAGGUCUAAAAGGAGCUGUGAAAUCAGCUGCACCUGAAAAUGUCUGAUAGCUUGGAGAACGAAGAAAAACCCCCAGCUCCCCCACUGAGGAUGAACAGCAACAACCGUGAUUCUUCAGCACUCAACCACAGCACCAAACCUCUCCCCAUGGCCCCAGAAGAGAAGAAUAAGAAAGCCAGGCUUCGCUCUAUCUUCCCAGGAGGAGGGGAUAAAACCAAUAAGAAGAAAGAGAAAGAACGCCCAGAGAUCUCUCUUCCUUCAGACUUUGAACAUACGAUUCAUGUGGGGUUUGAUGCAGUCACCGGGGAAUUCACUAACUCCCCUUUCCAGACCUCUAGACCUGUGACGGUCGCUUCAAGUCAAUCAGAGGGAAAAAUGCCAGAUCUCUAUGGCUCACAGAUGUGCCCAGGGAAGCUCCCAGAGGGAAUUCCUGAGCAAUGGGCACGAUUACUCCAAACCUCCAACAUAACAAAACUGGAACAGAAGAAGAACCCACAAGCCGUUCUUGAUGUCCUCAAGUUCUAUGACUCCAAAGAAACUGUCAACAACCAGAAAUACAUGAGCUUUACUUCAGGAGAUAAAAGUGCCCAUGGAUAUAUAGCAGCACAUCAGUCGAAUACAAAAACAGCUUCUGAGCCUCCUUUGGCUCCCCCUGUAUCUGAAGAAGAGGACGAAGAAGAAGAAGAGGAAGAAGAUGACAAUGAGCCCCCGCCUGUCAUUGCACCAAGACCAGAGCAUACAAAAUCAAUCUAUACUCUUUCUGUGGUUGAAUCCAUUGCUUCACCAGCAGUUCAAAAUAAAGAAGUCACCCUGCCUUCUGCUGAGAAUGCCAAUUCCAGUACUUUGUACAGGAAUACAGAUCGGCAAAGGAAAAAAUCGAAGAUGACAGACGAGGAGAUCCUAGAGAAGCUAAGAAGCAUUGUGAGUGUUGGGGACCCAAAGAAAAAGUAUACAAGAUUUGAAAAAAUUGGUCAAGGGGCAUCAGGUACUGUUUAUACAGCACUAGACAUUGCAACAGGACAAGAGGUGGCCAUAAAGCAAAUGAACCUUCAACAGCAACCCAAAAAGGAAUUAAUUAUUAAUGAAAUUCUUGUCAUGAGGGAAAAUAAGAACCCCAAUAUUGUUAAUUAUUUAGAUAGCUACUUAGUGGGUGAUGAGCUGUGGGUAGUCAUGGAGUACUUGGCUGGCGGCUCUUUAACUGAUGUGGUCACAGAAACCUGUAUGGAUGAAGGACAGAUAGCAGCUGUCUGUAGAGAGUGCCUCCAAGCUUUGGAUUUCUUGCACUCAAACCAAGUGAUCCAUAGAGACAUAAAGAGUGACAAUAUUCUUCUCGGGAUGGAUGGUUCUGUCAAACUGACUGAUUUUGGGUUCUGUGCUCAAAUCACUCCUGAGCAAAGUAAACGAAGCACUAUGGUGGGAACUCCCUACUGGAUGGCACCUGAGGUGGUAACUCGGAAAGCUUAUGGUCCAAAAGUUGAUAUCUGGUCUCUGGGGAUCAUGGCCAUUGAAAUGGUGGAAGGUGAACCUCCUUACCUUAAUGAAAACCCACUCAGGGCCUUAUAUCUGAUAGCAACUAAUGGAACCCCAGAACUCCAGAAUCCCGAGAGACUGUCAGCUGUAUUCCGUGACUUCUUAAAUCGCUGUCUCGAGAUGGAUGUGGAUAGACGAGGAUCUGCCAAGGAGCUUUUGCAGCAUCCAUUUUUAAAAUUAGCCAAGCCUCUCUCCAGCCUCACUCCUCUGAUUAUCGCUGCAAAGGAAGCAAUUAAGAACAGUAGCCGUUAGAACUGUGAGCCUUAGCCCUCACCGUCUCCCUGAUGAGUAAGACUGAACUAAGAUUCUGCUGCAGGAAACACGGAAGAAAAGACAGUCAAAUGGGGUGGGGGUUCUUUAACUUUCAAGUAAAUAGAAACUUCUUAUAAGCCUUUUUCCUACUCUCUCAGACUAUGUAAUUUAUUUGUAAUCUUGAACUGCUGCCCACACAGGGCAGCAAUGUUGAAGUGGCCCUUAAGUGGCCACUUCCCACCGUGAAGCAAAAGAGCCAGUAGUGAAUCCCCUCAUUUUGUGCAUUUACUUUGAAGAAAAAGAUUUCUCAAAGAUGCACACUCCCUCUUCAUAGUGUUGUCUCUGUUUUUAAGUUAGACAGUAGUCCCUCUUACAUCGAACCUCUUUCACAACUCCUUACCCAAUGUGAUGUUUUUUCACUUGCAUUGUCAUUAGAUGUUCAGAAGAAAUAAAAGAUGUCAACA